UGAAAGUUUCAUAUAAAACACAUUUUUUAUUGUAAAUAAAAUUUCUAAAAUUUAAUUUUUUUGUAACGCAAAAAAAACUUUCAAAUAUGUCAAACCCUAAUCCCGGCUUUAGUUUCAUUGUACGGAAAAUACGUGUCACAGACUGUCCGGCUGUCCGACAAUUUUGGUGGCAAAUGUAUUCAAAUAACUCGAGUAAAUUCAAUUCAGCCGAAUUGGCCAUAAGUAUAGAUCCGAACGGUGUGUUUGUGGCACAGGAUCUCAGCACAGGAAAACUCAUUGGAUAUUGUAGUGGAGUUAAAGUAUCGCCAAACCUGGCCUUCAUUGGUGGUUACUCAGUGAUACCUGAGUAUCAGGGACAUGGUAUCGGAUCGAUGAUCUGGGAAAAAGUUAUGGACUAUUUGGGUGACAUCAAUAUAACACUGUGUGCUCCCACUCAAGAAAUGGGUGAAAAGUAUGCCAAGAAAUGGGGAUUUGAGAUCUCAAAACACAAACGUAUGGUGAAUAUGAUGGGAAAGGUUGUCUUAAAUGACAAUCAUAUUAAAAGUAUUGAUGGGAUAACAGUGUGUCCAAUCACUACUGAUUUAUUGCCCGGUGUUAUUGAAUAUGAUAAAAAUAUAUGUGAUGGUAUUGACCGCCGAUUAUUCAUUGACGGUGUUCUAAAAUCUGUGGAAAGUUGGAAUUUAGUCGCUAUUAAUGAGCGCCGGGAGGUCUGUGGCUAUUGUAUUAUAUAUAUAUCAUGUUCUGAUGCGACAUACGUCGGGCCAUUAUAUGCGGACAACGAACGAGUGGCCGAAUUGUUGGUCACCCAAUGUUUGCAACUCCUACCCGAAAAUCGACUGCAAAAAGUUUUAUAUUUAUGUUGGGAUAUAAAUCUCAAAAGUAUUGCAAUCGCCGAGAAAUUGGGACUAAAGUUAACCAGAAAUAGGCCUAUAAUGCACUCAAAACAAGCAAUUGAUGGCAAAUCAGAUAAUAUUUUUGCCCUUUCAAGUGCUAUGUAUUACCCGUUUUAAUAAAAUAUUUGAAUAAUUUUUAACAAUUUGGUUUAUCUUCUUAUAAACAUUAUAUUAUAAUUUUUUGUAAUUUAAUAAAAAUAAAACAUAUAUUAUAUUCAAAACAUGU